CAAACUGGAUACAUUGGGUGCCACUCAUUCAUUCAAUCCUCCGGCUGAUGAUCGAGCAAGCAACAAUAAAUAACAAUUGGAAAAUUUCCAAACAAUGGCACAACCAAAACAAUUUUAAUUCAAAGUGACACAGUGCGAAGAUAAUUCAUUUGCACCAUCUACAAUUUGGAGGACAUGUGCUAGAAUGGUCUGUUGUAAAUAACAUUUGACUGGAAGAAUAGUUGACAAAAAUCAUCCCUUCGCCAUGCAAUAACCAAUAAUUCGACAAGAACUAAGCUCCUAAUGCCAAUUUUGGAAUGCCAAUUUGGAAGUAAAACUGAAUGAUCAUGGGGUCACCUCAGAGAGGACUCAGUGCCUUCCAAUAUGUUUGUCGACGCCAUCAUGGGGGAGACAACCAGUCUCAUUUGGCGAGAUUGGUGGUUGACCAUCAUUUUUCCGAAUCUAAUGGGAUUCUGUUUAGGAAAAAUUUAUUGUCCCACUACGGAUGCGUCAAUGCGAUCGAGUUCUCCGAAGACGGUAGUCUAAUGGCCUCAGGCGGUGACGAUAGACGAGUAUUAGUGUGGAAUAUUCAUAAAGCAAUUGUUGGGAAUGACAAACCAGUCAGCUGCGAUGCGGAACAUCGAAGCAACGUUUUCGCUCUAGCGUUUGACUCCUCUCAACGGAGGAUUAUUUCUGCAGGAAAUGAUGAUCAAGUCAUUGUGCAUGAUAUUCAUACUGGGAAACCAGUGGAAUUUUUUCGUAUUGGAGAACAGCCAAUAUUCGGUGUUAGCACAGAUCCAUUAAAUGAUAACAAUUUUGCGGUUGCUGGAGACGAUGGAAGAUUGCUUAUAUACGACAUGCGGGAUUCGAGUGAUCCAUUUUCGCUCGCCAAAUUCCAUUCCGCAUUUCAUUCGGUAAUGUUUCAUCCUGUUGAACCUAGGCUUGUGCUAAGUGCGAAUGCGAAAGAGGGGGCUGCGUUAUGGGACGUCCGCAUGCCGAAAAAAGUCCUCUUAAAGUACGGCGCUUCUCUUGAAAUGGGUGAUCAAUGUUGUAUGAAUGCGCGUUUUAAUAAAAACGGCUCCAACGUUUUGUCCUUGCGACGAAGACUUCCGCCAGUGAUGUAUUCGACACAUUCAAGCUCACACUUGUUCCAAUUCAACCAUUCUAGCUUUUACAAUAGUUGCACGAUGAAAAGCUGCACUUUUGGUGGAGCUGACGAUCAGCUCGUCAUGUCUGGGUCCGAUAAUUUUGAUCUUCACAUCUGGGCAAUUCCUCCAGAAGGGAGUAAUCGCUGGGUGAACGAGGCUUCUCUGAUUCUACGAGGGCAUCGUUCCAUCGUAAAUCAAGUUCGCUAUAACUACUCUCAUAAUCUGAUUGCUUCCUCUGGUGUAGAAAAAAUGAUCAAGAUAUGGAGCCCUUUCUCAAUCCCAGACGAAACCUGUUGGACGGAUGACGAACCAGCAGGAAGAACCUCAGAAAGUCCCAGACAAAUUUAUUCUCAAGAAGAAUAUGUUCGACUGUAUAUGCGAACUAGUCAUGGCCAUUUUUUCUCGCCAUCCCACAUUGACAAUAUGUCUCAGUCAGGGGGAAACACAAAUGAGGAUGCUCGCAUGUUGGCCUUUUUUGAUGCUCUGGUCCAACGGGACAUUGCUGGAUUGUCUGAGGAAAGUGAUGUGGAUUCAAAUUAUACAAAUACUGUUUAUAGUACCGAAAAUUCAACAUCUGACGACGAAGGUGAACAAAACUCACAGUCUUUACAACAUGGUUUGAUGAACAGUGAGAUAAGUCAGCAGCUUGCAACAGCAACAAUCACCAGAGAUGCUAACUCAUCCUCGUCGUCCUCCUCCUCUUCCAACCAUAAUGACUACGACGAAGACGAUGAACCGAGAUUAUUAGACUUUGAGGAUUUACCCAUUUCCGGCUCGGAAUCAGAUCAAGAAUUACGUGAUAGACAAUCACCUCCACCUGAUAAUGUUCAUCACGAGCAACAAAACAGUAAUCCAGUCGCGAGUCCAGACUCUUCGGUAGGAAGUUCGGAACCAAAUACGCUUACAAAGCUUAUUGCAACCAGAGAGUCACAACUGAGGAAACUAGCAUCGAUUAAACAACCGUCGAGACCGAAACACAAAGAAGAUGAGAGGGCACAGUUGAGGUCCAAAACAACAACUGCGUCAGCACGAGGUCAUCCAUCUAGUUCCGAAGUGCGAGGAUCACCGUCUCCACUCCGAAAUCGACGACGAAGCCUUCAAACGACGCCCAUUUAUGAAAGCUCGAAUAAUUCGGCCAUAUUACCCGACAGUAGGACGCAGCCUGGACCUAGUUAUGAACUUAUAAAUAAUCUAAUGACCCGAAAUCUUCAAUCCACUCGCCUCGAAACCCAAACAACGCCAAUCACUGUACAGUCUCGCAGUGACCCAUUUUAUUUGUCGUCGACGUCGUCGUCCUCUUCUUCUUCUUCCUCCUCCUCCUCCUCGUCUGGCUCUUCGACUGCUUCCGAUGAUGAUAUGAAAUCUAAGUCUUCAAGAAAAAGUCGUGUUUCAAAACACCUCAAGAUUCCUACUGGUAUCGUAACAACAGUGAAGGAGUCUUCGAACUCAUCCAACUCUAAUUUAGAAUUUACCAGGAAACGCAAACGAAGGAGGAAGCUAUCCGGACUAUCUGCUAAUUGUUUCGCAAAAAAAGUAAAGUCUGAAGGAACUCCGUCUGAUAGCGGAAUUGAUGUCUCUAAAAGUGAUGCUGAUUUAGACUUGCAACCUACAGCAAGUUGUUCUCACUCCACACCCACUUUUCUAGCUUUAGGAAACAUAGAGUCGAGAGCGUCUCAUUCAUCGACAACAACAGCAAUUGCUACUAGUGGUGAAGGGCAGUCGCAUCAAUAUCAACAUGACGAUGAUUCAGAAUCUAGCGACUAACUAAUCUUGUACGCAUAUAUUUUUCCUCGGUUUUAGUGACGCCUUGAACCCAGAUCACGUGAUUUUUAGUGUGAUAAAAAAUAAUUCUUCACUUUGACAAAUUUGUAAAUUCUCGCUACUCGCUGAUGAAAACUCGAAAUGUUUUAUGUACAUCCCAUGACGCUGAAAUAGUUAUUUUAAUUUUGAAUUAAAACUUGCUUGUGCAAAACGCAAAUAUUUUA